AUGCUUUCUGUGCAAGUUCCCGCUACCAAGUUGUCUAGUCCAAGGACAAUUGCUCACGGUACAGCUGGCUUAGACCGUGUGAGCCGAGCAGCUUAUCAAUAUGGCCUGGGGUAUCUGUGGAAGACUUUCGAAUCCAAAAUCACAGACCUGUUCGUUCAAGAUGUAACCCAGAGUAGGGUCGGCGUGGUCGCGGCAGAGGGAGACCAAGUCCACUGGAUAUCAACUCCGGAAGAGUUAUACACUAAUCUGGGGAAAGGAGUCCCAACGUUAUUAAUCCUCAACCGCUAUAAUUCAUGGAGCAGAAUAGACGUCACCAUCAAAGGCUUCUCCGUAGCAUGCCAUCUCGCUAGGAUCAACCCCUUCUUUUUGCAUUUCGUAGUUGGGAUGGGUCGGAAGGUCUCGUCGAAGGAUGAAGACUUCAUGUCAUGCUACAGCACCUUUACACCGGAAGAUAACUAUCCGGUCUCCAGCAUGAGCGGGAUGGAGACACACGGCGAUUCACUUUGGGAGAUCUGCUACAACGUUCGACAUUUUGAAAAACAUCACCGAGAUCUAGAAGACCCAUGGUCCUGUCGUCAGUCGGCUCUUCACCAAAGCUUCGCCGUUUCUAACCAGCCAACCUGGGUCAUCAUCCAACCCCCUGAAGUUUUCGACCUGACUAUAGACUCGGCGCCACACCCGAUGGCCUUACAUCUUCGAUAUCUUCACGCAGCUCUUGUAAAUUGGAGAGAAUAUCUUGACUCUUUUGCUCAAAGCUUCAAGAUCCUCAAUCAACGAAUAGCAAUACCAAAUCCAUACAGGAAAUUCGAGAUUAACUUUUCGCACGAGCAAAACCUACACCACCAGAGAGGAAAGCUUCAUCACGCCCGGAACAUUCUCACCAACACGAGGAAUACUAUGAAUGUCAUCGCCGAACACGAAUCUGCUGUAGCAGAGAAGCAAAUCCUUUGCCCAGCCAUUCACGAUGACUUCCAACGUAAAUUGCGUAAUAUCUCUCGGGAGGUCGACAGUUAUAUCGAAACAGUACACAAACUUCUUCGCAUGUCAGAUGAUUUGAGAUCCAUGUAUAACAGUAUCCUCACAUUUUAUGGCCAAGAGCUACAACACGACACCAGCCUGAAGCUUGCACAGCUGGCGCAGGCCGAUGCUAGCGGAAAUAGAGACAUGGCGGUUUUAGCCGACCUUACAUACAAGGACUCCCGAUCUAUGCGGAUCGCGACGGCCAUUGCAGUGUUCUAUCUUCCGGUGAAUCUGGUAGUGGUGCGUAUCAGCCUUUUAGUUUUGAACCCUCAAUGUCUUGUCGAUGAACUCGGAUCAUGACAUCUGCGUCUUACUCCAAGGCUUGCUCUACUACUCAACUAAUCUUCCGGCUCUCAACAAUAGUCAUUUUUCAGCAGUACACUGGUCUGGUAUGGAACGGCGGUCGACGUGGCAGAAAACCACAAUUCAAGUAUUCAAAUCCGCGGCGAGGUAUGGAUCGCGAGCGUAGCGGCUGUCGUGCUUGCAAUUGGCACUGUGUGUUGUUCCUGGUGGUGGAAUUGGAGAGAGCAAAGGAAACCAAAUAAAGAAACCCCUUAAAGUAAUCGACUUAUGACAGGACGCCGGUAGAAAAUAUAUGUAAAACAUAUAUGAUCUUAUAACAAGUACGUUGGUUCACGUUGACACCGAGUUUUCAAAGACCAAGCCGUAGCAGCCAGCCAAGAUUGUCCUCUUCAGUUUUAGCCAUUCAUCUGUUCCGUGAUACAGAAUUCUUCUCGGCCUAGCUCAAUUUG